AGUGCACCGCCUUGCUUCUUUCCCAGAAAAGAACAAUUACCACCGUCAGCACUGUCGAACACGCUUCCGACUUAUUCUGCCUCCUCAUUGGCUACUCACUGCAUUGACCUUCGCUUUCAAAAUGGAAAGCUAAACCUCAUGCUUUCCGGACUGGACGUCACUUCCGGUACUCUAUAUCUUCCGCCAUAGAGAGAAGCGGCGUUUGAGAUAGAAAAGUGUACUUGGACCACAAUUCCUAUAAUCAUCUAAUCCGCAUACGGGGAGAUGCUGGAAGUUGCCAUUUUAACAUAAUCGGAAGGCGUGGGAACAGCUGUCUAAAUCGGAUUUCUCGAGCUCAAACCCUUCCAUAUAUCUUCUUCCGACAGGUUUUGGUGUUGACUGUGGACCUGGGCUGCGUCUAUUUUAAGGACUUAGAAACAGCACAAAGUUGGUAAAAGUUGAGAUCUUGAGCAGAGGAACAAUUUUUUUCCCUUUCCUUCACUCGCAGUCACACAGUUCUUUUAUCUCUGGAUAUGAUUUAAUAUUAGAGAUAAAUUAAGGCACCAGUAUGGUUGAAAAUUCGCCAGCCCCAUUGCCUGAAAGAGCUAUAUAUGGUUUUGUUCUUUACUUGGGCUCUCAGUUUGCCUUUAUUCUGUAUAUUGUGUGGGCCUACAUACCUGAACCCUGGCUGUUCUCGUUGGGCUUAACAUAUUGGCCUCAAAAAUUCUGGGCUGUUGCGCUGCCUGUAUAUCUUUUAGUUGCUGUGGGAAUGGGCUACAUACUCCUCUUUGGUAUUAACAUGAUCAGCACAGCUCCGCUGAAUUCUACACACACUGUAACAGAUCACUAUGCAAAAAAUCAAAAACAGAAAAUGCCACAAGAAGAAGCAAUUCCUGCAUUAAGAGAUAUUCCUAUUCAUGAAGUAAACAAAAUGUUUUUUCUAGGUAGCAAGGAGGAUUAAUCUAGAGGGUCAUGACAGAUACUAUUUAAAAUCUGCUUAUACGCAAUGUGAUAUAGAAAUAUUGACAAUACGGUGCCAAAACACUUGACUUCAGAGAGUUUAUAUAAAUUAGCCCUAAAAUAAGGCUGCAAUAGUUAAACUGUAUUUUAAGGAUUAGGUGGACUCUCUUGGGGCAUCCUGUUUCCACAGCUUUGAUUCAUUUACCCUUAGUCCACACUGCAAAUUUAAUGGCUGCAAAUACAGUUUUUCAUUUGUUCUUUCCUAUAGCUGAUGUGAGCGGGGGGGGGGGGGGAAGGAAGGAGGGGUUCACAGAACCCCUGGAUGUGCCUUAAACUCAUCUAGAAGAAAAGAGGACUGCCUGAAAGGAGGGGAGGGGGAAGGAAAAUGGGUGCUAAAACAGUCAUUAGGUUUAGAAUUUGUAGCUGAGAUAGUGGGUAAUAGCCAGCGCCAGCAAGGUCACGCAAGGGGGAGGGAUUAUUAGGAUUGUGUAAACUUUUGUGUGAAGGGGGAAAUGCAGGCCCUGAUAUAUGUAUACAAACAUUAGAAUUAGGAUGAAGUUAAAUACAUUCCUGAGGAUGUGAUCGAUAUCCAUAAGUGUCUCAAGGAUGUGUUAAUUACUUUCAUCACAUGUCUGUUCUUCCUCUUCCUGACAAAAAGGCAAUCACGGUUAUCUUGACCUUAUGUAAAUUAAACUAGGAUCUGGUGAGCCAUCAGAAUCAAAAACAACGAUAAGGAUUGUAAGAACAUCCUGACAUCCUGCUGGCAUUGUGAAUUUGUAAAUCAAAGUGGUACUUCAAGGUAACAGGAAGAAUGUGAGCUGAACCCUCUAAUGAGGGGGAUGACAGGCAAGGAGGGUAUAAAGGUAUAGUGUUAACUUCGUUCAGGGUUCCUUCUUGCACGGAGGGACCCGCCUUUGCAAACGCGUUACCAAAUAAACUCCUUUCUUUGUAGCAUCGAACCUGGGUGAUUGGAAUUCUUCAGGGACAUUUUUCCCGCUGACACUGAUAUACUAAAUUGUUUGAGGAAAAUAGUCUUUCCUGUGAAGUUCACUUGAAAUAUCCUGAUACGUAUUUUUCUCCCUAUGUCAACACAGUAUAUUUACAUGACUUAGUAAGUUUAGCCACUUCUCAAUAGUAUCCUGUUUCUUAUACCAGCUAGAGAGUAUAUUUUUUAAGGAUACAUUUCAAGAGCUAAUACAUAAAGCUAUCAAAUUUGGCAUCUAGGUUUCUUUUAACACGGUGAACCACCUAAAAUUAAAAUCAUGUUUAUUAUAAAGCAGCUUAGAUAAGUGCAUAAUAGAAGAGUUAUGCUGGCUCAGACCCAGAAUGAUUACCCAUAGUCAUUUAGAUGGGAUUUUUCUUUCAUAUGCAUAGAAAAUUUAGCAGCUAAAGCAAACAAAGUUCAGACUUUUAAGAUGAUAGAUACUCAAUGUGUUCCAAUGUUAAAGUAACACUGUAAAUAAUUCCAGUUGAAAUGCAGACUUCAGUCUUGAAUGUAAUUGCUUCAUAACAAGUCAUAGUAUUUAUAUACAUGCUGGUUAACAAUUAAAGCAAUUUUCCUAAA